AUGUACGGUUAUAUAUGUCAACAACUACCAGGGACGACGAUGAGCCGAUGGGACACAUUACCGUCGAACAAUCGCGCAAAUCCAACGUACUAUCCACAAAACGCACCCGUGGCGGACAUGUCAUCUGUACAGCAAAUGCAAUCUGCCGGAUCAGUAGCCGGAGCUGGUCCGGACGAGGUAUAUCAGCAUGGCACCAUCGGCACAUUUUUGCGACAGGAAUUAGAAGGUGGAUUUUCCAGUUUCAUUCGAUGCGUCUAUCAAGCGAAACGAGUCAACAAUAAUACAGUCACGCUAGUAUGCGAACGCGAUCAAGGCUGUUGCGAACAUGGAUGUUGUCCCAAAGAUCAACAUUGGAUGGCGGGUGUUUACGUGCUCUUAGCAUUCGUACUGUUAGUAUUUGUCGUUGGUACAAUUCUGAUGAUCGUCUGUUACCAGAGAUCAAAAAAUAAGCAGCGUAAGGAACAACGGCAAGCCAUGGAGUACAGCGGCUAUGCGGGCUCACAGGUUGGUGUACCCGGCGCGUACUCCUCCUAUGGCGGGCCCACGUACUAAAUCUAGUACUCUACCCAUCCUAUUGUCUCUUCCAGUCUUUCCGAACGAUGAUUUGAUGCCUUAUUCUCGCAAACUUGAUGUACAU